GCGGGACAAAGCAGAAGUGUUUAUUCACGUCUGUUCAGGGAUAGAUUAAAGAUGUGCCUCUUCGUACUGAUUGAUUAACUUAAACACCAGAAAAGUUUCCAUUGAACGAAGAAUACGUUCACCAGCUACCAAACCUUUAGAGAAUUAUUGACCUGCUAACAGUCCCGAUACCCAACAAAGUAAAGGGUGAUAUGCCACAUCAGUGAUGGAGCCCAUGGCUGUGAGCACCUCAGUGGUGGGGCCGGAUGAGUUCGACCGCAACAUGCCGCGCAUCUGCGGCGUCUGCGGGGACAAGGCCACCGGCUUCCACUUCAACGCCAUGACCUGCGAGGGCUGCAAGGGCUUCUUCAGACGCAGCAUGAAGCGUAAGGCCAGUUUCACCUGCCCCUUCAACGGCAGCUGCUCCAUCACUAAGGACAACCGCCGCCACUGCCAGGCCUGCCGGCUCAAACGCUGCGUGGACAUGGGCAUGAUGAAGGAGUUCAUCCUGACAGAUGAGGAGGUGCAGAGGAAGAAGGAUCUUAUCCAGAAGAGGAAGGAGGAGGAGGCAGCGCGGGAGGCCCUGAGACCAAGACUGAAUGACGAGCAGAGCCAGGUUAUCGCCUCACUGGUGGAGGCCCACCACAAGACUUACGACGACUCCUACUCAGACUUCUCAUGCUUCAGGCCCCCGGUGCGAGAGGGCCCAGUAACACGCAGUGCCAGUCGUGCAGCCUCCCUUCACUCGCUGUCAGAUGCCUCCUCAGACUCCUUCAACCACUCACCAGGUGAAGAGUCGGUGGAUACCAAGCUGAUGAAAUUCAGCAGUCUGUUGAUGAUGUACCAGGACAGUGCAGGCAGUCCAGACUCUAGUGAGGACGACGGCUCCAAGCUCUCCAUGCUGCCCCACCUGGCUGACCUGGUCAGCUACAGCAUCCAAAAGGUCAUCGGCUUCGCAAAGAUGAUCCCUGGCUUCAGAGGGCUGACUGCUGAGGACCAGAUCGCCCUGCUCAAGUCAAGUGCCAUCGAGAUCAUUAUGCUACGCUCCAACCAGUCCUUCAACCUAGAGGACAUGUCCUGGAGCUGUGGUGGUGGCCCUGACUUCAAGUACUGCAUCAACGACGUCACCAAGGCGGGUCACACUCUGGACCUGUUGGAGCCACUGGUGAAGUUCCAGGUGGGCCUGAAGAAACUCAACCUCCAUGAGGAGGAACACGUGCUGCUCAUGGCCAUCUGCCUGCUGUCUCCAGAUCGUCCAGGGGUGCAGGACCACGCUAAGAUUGAGGUUCUCCAGGACAGUCUGUCGGAGGUGCUCCAGGCCUACAUCAGGGUGAACCACCCAGGAGGACGACUGCUCUACGCCAGGAUGAUCCAGAAGCUGGCCGAUUUGCGCAGCCUCAACGAGGAACACUCCAAACAGUACCGCUCGCUGUCCUUCCAGCCCGAGCACAGCAUGCAGCUCACCCCGCUGGUGCUGGAGGUGUUUGGGAGCGAGGUGUCCUAGCAGCCACACCGACCCCCACCACCACCCCUCUGGUUAGAAGAGAUGGACAGACGAUCCCCCCCAUGAGGACCCCCAGGAGUUCAUUUGUUGAGUUGCUGGAUAGAUGGCUCAGCGAUGGGGGUGAUGGAAGGGUCUCUGAGGGGGAAUAGCGGAAUGAACCGGAAAGUCACACUGUCACAGAAAAGGUUUUGGAGGGUUAAUCAGGGUAUUAUGGGUAAAGAGAGAAGGGAGGGGCUUCGAUAAGGUUGGAAUUUCCCGUUUAAAAGAAAAAGGGAAUUUCGAACAGAAUGUAUUUAUAACUAAACUAUAAAUAUAUAUACAUACAUAUAAGCUAAUAUCUAUAUUUAAGGUUGUUUCUACUAAAACAAAUGGAUAAGUAAUCCUCUGUAUACUAUAGGAUUUGUAGGCCCUAUUUGUGUGGAUAUGAAUGUGUGUGCAUGUGUUGACAUAGUGUUUCAAAAUGCACGCACACACACACAAAUACACCCUGAGUAGAGUGCAAGGGGCCUUCUAUUUUUUAUGUUUCUAUAUGAGAAUACUGAAUGACCACAAAAGGGUGUUGAGUACAGGCUCUGACUGAGUGUUUAGUAGUGGGAUCUGUGUUUAAGGCACCAUUAAUGUAUCGGUUAAAGUGUAGGCUACACACAGGAUAUAUGUGGGUAAUCUGGUAACUAUUUGGUUCUGUUGCCCCCUUUCAGACUUCAAAAUAUACACAAUUAACACUUUAAAAGUUAUUUCCUUCAUAAGAGGAAAGAGCAACAUGUUUCUAUUUUAUUAUUCUGGAUUAUUGGUUAGCUAGCUAAAAUAAGAUGGCUAAACUAACCUAGUAAGGUUAACUGCCGCGCCUCAGGGAGAAGUUAGCCUGAUAUUGUUCAUUGUACAAUAUACAUUUUGAGUAAUAGUACACAAACUUACAAUCAAAAGGGAGAGUGUUAGAAAAACGGUUGUCAUCGCCGGUCAAACCUGUCUGUCAUGAUGUAAUAAUUACUGUAGUAAUUACUAAAACAUUUUAAUCAAAUCUGCAGAUGCUCUUAAGGUUAGAUCAAAUUCUAUUCACGGUAAAAUACAAUUACAAUGUCACCCCCACCAGUUUCUGUUUGAGAGCUGUAUUAUGGCCUUAGUAGGUCGAAGGUUCAGCACAUCACAAGUGUGUGUUUCCUCGCUCAGUCUGCAGGUCUGGGUCGCGCUCUUGUGGUCAUUGUCUGUAAAUACCACUUGUUAUUUCUGUACAUUUAAGGAAAAAAUAGGCAAAUACUAAGAUCAUUCAAUUGUUGGGAAUAAUGCUCUGGAGAUAUAUGCAAAUAUGAUAUGUGCUAUUUUCUUAUGUUGUACCUCUCUUUGAGGUCUAGAUAAGCUUUGACCGCUAUAUAUACGUUUUGGGGGGGGGAGCAAACUCAUUGGUUUUAUUCAAUUCGAGAUUGUGUUUCCUGACAUCAGCAUUCGUUCCGCUGCACCAAAACCUUCUCACAUACCGAGGAGACAUUCUGACUCAACCUGCUGCUCUGUAAAGCUUCUCUGUAAAGCUACAAUACCGUUAGAACCUGGAAAAAGACAACAUAAUCUUGUUCAUGCUCUUUACUACUAACACUGCCUCAACUCAAACAGACAAGAAUAAAGGCCAAUCAAUCAGUCACCGUAGCGACGGGCAUGCCUCUCUCUUCAACACGCCAGCCAACGCCUCUUCUGCAAUAGAACAGCAGCCAGCCUGGCAGGACUCUUCAUAGCUUUAACGCGACAGCAUCCAUUCAGGCCCAACUCAACAGCUGUAGUGCACCAAGGGCUGAUGGGACUGAUUUUGUGAGCAACGGCUUUGGAUAUGUCACUCCGAUGGAAGGUGUGACGUCUCUUACCUGGGAAGUGAUUAACACUGAACUGAUCCCGUGAUGAGAGUUUGGGGAGGUGGGCUCUGGAGUGAAUAAAGGAGUGACUGUAUAGAAGUGUUUAAGAAUCACAGAAUAGCGGUGUACAGAGCUCAAGGCCCAAAGUCUGAUAUUUUCUCCCAUUGCAGCAGAUGUCCAGACCCCACUGCGUAGAUCAGGUCUUGUGGAGAAAGCAUCUUUUUUUUGUAUUCUAUCAUAUAUACAUAAACCCAUGUAAAGGAAUGCAGGAAAGAUAGGGUCAGGGGUUCUAAUGGGAGGAACUCCUCCAAGAGCUCUGCCUGCUGCCAAACUGGCUCAGAAAGACUGCCCCAAGAACUGCGCCCCUCUCUACCGCAGGUCAGCAACUCCACCUCAGUAGCCUUACAAAACUCUGUUAAACAUUUAACAGAUACCUCAAUGAAACUGAAAACGUUCAUAAUAGCAUAGAAGGGAACCAAACCUGUAACACAGUGGCACACACAUUCAUACAUUCACACACACCAUGACAUUUCGUCAGCAACCUCUGGAGUGUUCUGUUUUUUAUCAAGCAAAAAGUUGCCCGUUUCUUUUGAAGAUAAACUGCCUAGAGGGCUGUGUUGCAGGCCCAGUAUAGGGAUCCCAUUGUUUUUACACAGGGUGUCUGUCGGUUUUUCUUAUCACAGCACGAUAAUCAUGUGUAAAAGAGGCAGGCUACAACGGUCAAUGGUUCCCGCUGCCACUGUGUCAAAAGUCCAGUCCUAAUCAGUAUUUGUAUUUUUGAGGAAUAAGCGAUGCCGAGGAAUGACUCUGUAAUAAUAUGUAAAUCAUGCAGUCACCAUGGCUGAGUUUAGGCAGCGUCUCUGUGAUCAGUACCUUUUCAGGUUUACUGACUACGAAAUCACCUGGAUUGGCUAAAAUAAUACAUAAAGGUAAUAUAUUUAUUCGUUCAAAUGUAAUGUUAAGAUCAGUGAAUGAUUGCAGACAGGUUCCUGAUAAGGCACUGAUCAAAGCGGCCCUGCCUACGUUUUGGCCUGUAUGGUUGCUGCUGGUUUUUGGUGGCUCUGUUGUAUUGCUCUGGUGAUGUGUGAAGCAAGCUGAAUCCUGAAUCCCUGUUAGAGUUUAUUGUACGGAGUCGUGCCGCCAGGCACUGUUUUAACCAAAACAAACUACCUCUCCCACCCGCACAUGUAUUUUUGGCAUGGUUGUGUUUAAUCUGUUCUUAUUUUAAUACUAAUUCAUUGUAUUUAUUCAUUUUACUUCUCAAAUGCUGGAUGAUUUACCUCAACACACCUCAAAAUAAGCCUACAGAUCAAGAGGAGACUGUCGUCACUCCACGUCUCUGUCUGUUGGGGGGGCUGAAACGGCUCAUCUUUGUAUUAAGUGUUGCCUUCAACGCAUUUAUGCUAACUGGGAUUGGACAGCUUGUAAACUGGGAUAUUAUGACAUAAUCUCCUCAAGCUAGAGGCCUCAGUUAGCGUCAGUUAGCGAUCUGCAUAGUAUGUGUAUGAUGUAGUAGUGUCAAGAUUUAAGGAUUUCUUUAUGAAACGCUUCUGUUGAGAUCCUGUUUUGAUGUUUUAGCUGUCUGUGUCUGCUUUGCAGCCAGCUGCCCAGUCGCCUGCUCAGUCUGCCCUCAGCUCAGUGGUCUACUGCCCCUCUUACUCUUAGCUCAUCGCUCUGGAACCCAGGUCUUUAUUGUAUCACAUUGACGUACAGGACACAGCACCAUUGUAGCACAGUGCAUUACCAACAAAGCGUACUGUUUAAAAAGGUUUCUAUAAAGGAUUCAAUGAAAAUGUGUAUAUAAUCAGUUCUCUGUAGUGAUGACUGAUGAAGCUGGGCAGUUUAUAUCUACCUACGUCUUUGAUUUGUUCUUGAGAAGCAUUUAAGUUUUUCUUUGGAUAGAGAGAGAUGAGGAAAGAUUGAGUAGUCGCAUGAAUGUUGCUCACUGUUUUGGAAUCUUUUUAUUUUUGCUCUGAUUGUUCUCUGCUACCUCUUUUUAAUAUGCUCUUGCUCACAUACAGUACUACAAAUGCAUACAGUACUACAAAUGCAUACAGUACUACAAACGCAUACAGUACUACAGUAUGUGCACAGACUCAGUAUGCACUUCUAUUUCACCAACAGUUUUUGCCAAUGAUGCACUUGUUUGUCUCCGUGCUCUGGCUUUUGUCUGAAAUCUAUUACUGAUGAUCACUAUAGCAAAUCACCAAUGGUUUCAGUCUUUUAACAUGGAAUGCACAUUAUAGCUCAGUUACCUUGGUGUGCCUACAACCCGGAGCCUGAACCUGGGACAAUAUCAGGGGUUUAACGAAACACAUUUUAAAAAAUCUUAUUUAAGACCAUGUUCAAAUGGCUUUUCACAUUUAUUUUAUUGUCAAAUCAAUCUUUAUGGGUUAGGAGAACAUAACCAUCAGCUCACCUCUACUGGGAAGCACAUGUCAAAUGGUGAUCCACCGGACGCAAAUAUGCUUCACAUUUUUUAAGCUGAGGUGAUGCUUUAGUUUCAGGGGUGAGAGAUGGACAUAAGGCCAACAUAACACAUGUAUAUAUACACUGUCACACCUGACAGGUUUUAUUCCAUUCAUAUAGACGGUGCAUUGCUCUGCAGAGAGGAUUUGGUUCAGUAUAUUUGUGUGAAAUAUAACAAAUGGCCAUUCUUCCUCUUAUUUAUUAUAUUCAGUGCCAUGCUAUGCUGUGGUUGUUAUUAAGGCCUAUGUAUACUCCUGGCUAACGGUUAAGAGCGUUGGGCCAGUAACUGAAAGGUCGCUGGUUCGAAACCCCGAGCUGACUAGGUGAAAAAUCUGU